AUGAGCGAAUGCUACGAUAAGUACCAGCCAUGGCUGCCCAUCGAAUCAUCAGAGUGACGAACAACAACCACAUACUUCCUCGCUGUAAGUCUGAGGGGACGCUCAUCGACCUCAGUGAAGGAGUCACUGGAGCAAGUCUCAAUGAUGUCAAAGUGCCUUCUCCAAGUGCCUUAAGACUUGACACUUCAGCCUCCUAUGGAGCUGCACAGGAAGUGGUUGCCAUUAAGGAUUAUUGCCCCAGCAGCUUCACCACGCUGAAAUUCUCCAAAGGUGAUCGCCUCUAUGUGCUGGACACGUCAGGUGGAGAGUGGUGGUAUGCCCACAACAACACGGAAAUGGGCUACAUCCCAGCCGCCUAUGUCCAGCCGGUCAACUUCAGGAACUCCUCGCUUAGCGACAGUGGGAUGAUCGACAGUCUUGGGGAAGGAUACGAGGAUGGGUCCAAGGAGUUUGGUGGUUUGGGGGAGUGGACAGGGAUGAGCCUUAAGCCCUCCUCAAUUUACAACAACAGCCCCUUCUCUGUGAACCCCUUUAUCUGUCCGUUAGAUCAAAACUGCAAAGAUACAGGUGUAAGGAACUCAGCAGAUCUUAUCUUGUUUGAUGCACUGGCAUCUCCGUCAUCUUGCUCCAACUUUAACACUAGUGCAAUCAUGACCAAUGGGUUCAGCAGCUGCCACGUUAACAAUACCACCCCCACCAGCCCAAAUCAAGAGGAUGCACCUAACCUCCACAGGGAUAACCCAUUUUUCAGGAGUAAACGUUCCCACAGUCUCUCAGAACUCUCAGUCCUGCAGGCACAGUCAAAUCCAACCUUACCCUCCUCGGGAUUCUUUACAGGCCUUAAGGCUCCGUCACCGGAGCAGUUUCAGAGCAGGGAGGACUUUAGGACUGCUUGGUUGAACCACAGAAAGCUAGCCAGAUCUUGCCAUGACCUUGACUCUCUGGGUCAGAGUCCUGGAUGGGGCCAGACGCAACCGGUGGAGACCAACAUUGUGUGCAUGUUGGACAGCAAUGGAGGAGUUGUUCAGCUCCCAGACACCCACAUCAGUGUGCACAUCCCUGAAGGCCAUGUCAGCAAUGGAGACCACCAGCAGAUCUCCAUGAAAGCCUUAUUAGACCCUCCUCUGGAGCUCAACAGUGACCGCUGCUCCACCGUCAGCCCUGUGGUGGAGAUCAAGCUCAGCAACAUGGAAACCAAGUCCUUCAUCACGUUGGAAAUGAAGAUAUUGGUAAGUGUCAAGAAGGAGAGCUGUCACACUGCAGAGGUGCUUUGUGUUCGAAGCGACUGCAAAGAAGGACCUUACACGCCCAUCCCUAAUGCUUACAUUUACAAGGAUACAGUCCAGGUCCAGUUGGAUAGUCUAGAGCCUUGUAUGUAUGUGGCUGUUGUGAUUCAGUCCCAGUAUAUCAGCCACAAUAUGACUGUUUGGGACCAUGUGCAGAGGAAAGUAACUCUGGGUGUCUAUGGACCCAAGCACAUUCACCCUUCCUUCAAGACAGUUGUUGCCAUGUUUGGGCAUGACUGCGCCCCCAAGACCUUGUUGGUAAGCGAAGUGGGCCGACAGGCUAGCUCCACCCCGCCAGUGGCCCUCCAGUUGUGGGGGAAGCACCAGUUCAUGCUGGGGUACCCUCAGGACCUCCAGGUGGGAUUGUACUCUAACAUGUCCAACUACCAGGUGAAGGCGACUGAGGGUGCAGGUGUGAUUCGAGGAUUUCAGGUCAAAUUGGGGAAAGUCAGCAGGCUCCUGUAUAUGAUCACAUCGCACAACCCAAACAGCAUCUCAGACUUCACUCUCAGGGUCCAAGUUAAAGACGCCCUUGACUGUAUCCUCACCCAGUUCUGUGUCCAAACUCCGCAGCCUCCUCCAAAGACCGGAACGAGGAUAACAGGCCAGAGGAGGUUUCUGAAAAAGAAAGAGGUGGAUAAGAUUGUCCUCUCGCCACUGGCUGUCACUUCCAAAUACCCAAAGUUUCAGGACCGGUGCAUUACCAACCUUAAAUUUGGCAAGCUGAUCAAAACCGUGAUUAGGCAGCACAAGAGCACGUAUCUGUUGGAGUACAAGAAGGGGGAUGUUAUUGCUUUGCUCAGCGAGGAGAAAAUCAAACUGCGAGGGCAACUGAGGACCAAAGAGUGGUACAUCGGAUACUAUCAGGGAAAGAUAGGCCUUGUCCAUGCCAAGAAUGUUUUAGUUCUGGGUAAGGUCAAGCCUAUUUAUUGGUGUGGGCCGGACCUAACGACCACAAUGUUGCUGGAUCAGAUCCUGAAGCCUUGCAAAUUUCUUACGUACAUCUACGCAACUGUGAGGAUGGUUUUAAUGGAGAAUGUUGGAAGUUGGAGGGCAUUUGCAGAUGCUCUGGGGUACGGGAAUUUGCCACUGAAUUAUUUUUGCCGGACCGAGUUGGACAAUGAGCCGGAGAAAGUGGCCUCGGUUCUGGAGAAACUCAAAGAGGAGUGUACGAACAUGGAGAACAAGGAGAGGAAGUCCUUCCAGAGGGAACUCAUGAUGGCGUUACUGAAGAUGGACUGCCAGGGUCUGGUUGCCAGACUGGUCCUGGAUUUCGUCUUGCUGACCACGGCAGUGGAGGUGGCGUCCCGGUGGAGGGAACUGGCCGAGAAACUUGCUCGAGUGUCCAGACAGCAGAUGGAGGCUUACGAGGCUCCGCACCGCGAUAAGAACGGUCUAUUGGACAAUGAGUCCAUGUGGAAGCCAGCCUACGACUUCCUCCUGACUUGGGCCGCCCACGUGGGGGACAGCUACCGAGACAUCAUCCAGGAGCUCCACCUCGGCCUGGACAAGAUGAGGAACCCCAUCACCAAGAAGUGGAAGCACCUUACCGGCACCUUAAUCCUCGUCAACUGCCUCGAUAACCUCCGCAGUGCCGCCUUCUGUCCCACCGGAUAUGGAGAUUUUGCUGUGUGAACAUUUUCAUCCAACCCGGAGAACACUUUUAAAAAGUCUGUAAGGGGUCAUCUUCUUCGGGACAUGGUUGGGGUUACUGGAACUUCUUGGUCCUAAGAUUCAUCUGUGAAGUUUGAUUGAACCCUGUGAACAUUCAUUGUUUUUGUGACAGUUUGGGAUGGAUGUCAGGGAUCAAACCUUGGACCGUCCAGUUUAGGGUGUCUGGUGAAUCUCUAGGCGUCCCUCAGCCUUCGAUCUUCAGGUCAGUCAGUACGUGCUGGUCUCUUGUUUGGAUUCAUGGAUCGGCACCAAGGAAGAACCCACUGGUUCUUGUGAAGCGCCAGAUGUAGAAAAGCCCUUGGAGGAUUUCUGGCAUUGUUUAGGUCAACGUGAAACUGGAAGAUCUGCCUCUUUAUGCCUCUUGUUACAUUCGUCCUGCUUUCUCUUUCCUUUUACUCUUCUCCAUCUCUUUUCUACCUCACCUUUUGUCUUUAUCACUUCCUGUCUCGCUUGUGUUCUUUGUCUCUUUUACACGAUAAACUUUUCUCUUCCUUUCGCUCCAAUUAAUUACAGUUCGAAUGAUUUGUAUUUAUUCGUUACGACAUCUCUCUGUCCACUUUUUUGUUCACCCCUCAGGACAACAUCAGAGACCUCAACCACUGCAGUACACAACCACACAUACUGUGAACUUUCCUCUAUCUAUGAAAGCUGAUUGGACCACCAUACUCAACUGAUCAUGCUCACAAACCUUUGUUGGCAGUCUUAUGCUUUCACUGCCUCUCUACGGCAUUUUCUUGUGUUAAAUUCAAUGAAAAUGAAUCAGAAAUGGUUUAAUACGUUCAAACAUUACGAUCAUUUGUCAGUAAUUAGCUUGCCAAAAACUGUUAGCCCAGUGCUAACUUUACAUGUGACUCUGUGUAGUCCAUGCAGUAAAGGUACAUUAGCUCAUAUCUGUUUAUGCAAGAUAUACUUCUAUUUUUUUAUACUUGCAGAACAAUACAGAUUACGUAUUAUCAACAGUGUUAUUUUUUUUUUGUACUUGAACUGUUCCGUCCCUCCAACCUCGGUAUGUUCUUUCCAGCUAAAAACAAAAAAGCAUGGCUGUGAUUUUUUUAGCCGAACAUGCAAAUCGAGUUCCCUGUGCAAAAGCGAAUGCUACGUACUUCAAUAGCUAGCUUGUUAGCUCGCUAACACUAGGCAGUGCAUCUGAUUUAAUACUUUUGCACACACAGAUGUUUUGAUUGAUCGAAGAUUAUGUGGUGAGGAUGAAACUAAAAUGUAUUUACAUGUUAAACACAGUGGUCUAGUAAAGAGUAUGAGCAUCUGGUAUACCCACUUCUAAAUGCCCUCUGGUGCACAUCAUUCAAAAGUGUUAGGCGACCUGAAUGUUUGUUCUAGGAUGGGGAAGGCAUCAGAUUGAUGGAGUAAGGAUUACGUCACUCAGAAUGUACAACUAUGUGGUUGUCUCACCAGUGUUGAUCGCAAAAUCUGCACUUCUUCUGCGGCUAAUGUGAAAAUCAGAACGAUCCUUCCUCCCCAGCAGAAUUUAAAUGACAAUCUGCAACUGGCCCCUUUUUGGAAGAGCUAUAUAUGCAAGAGUAGUCUAACAUGUCACUGUUCAUAACACAGGGUGUUUAUACUUUGCUGGAUGGGUCACCAACUCCUCCAGGCACCACUACACCACUGGUUAAACAUGUUAAAUAUUUAAAUGUUUAAAAUUAAACUAGAAAUUCCUGUAAGUUUCCAUGUAAGUUUGGACGUUUCCUUACUUUCUGACAACGUGCAGCAUAACUAUAAUUAUUUAUCUGAAGUAUUGAGGGAAUGUUAGUGUUUUAAUUAAAGACACAUCAGCUGUUAGAGUCCAAAACAGUUUACUGCUUCAAUAAAUUAAAUGUGACUUUAAACUGUGAAAACCGAAGUACCGGAAAUAUUUGUAGCUUUUGUUAAAUUUAUAUUUAAAGAAGCCUUUUGUCUCUGCUCUCAGCAAGUAUAAUCAAUCAGCUUUGAUGCUUUUAUUUUAAAUUUUCUUUCUUUCACUCUGUGGUUUUUCUUGUUUGUUUACAGUACGUUUUGUGACUGCUGCAGUGUGGAAUAUGGUCUGAACAAAAAAAAUCUGUAAGGAGUUUAUAUAUUUGUACUGAAUGCCGAUUGACAUGUUCUUAUGUGAUGUAUCACCUGUGACAGGUCGCAGAUCGGAAACCUGUUCAGUGUUUCUGU